CCACUCCUCAAAAAACAGAGUCCUCAAAAAACUGAAAAAACAGUCUCCUCAAAACCCAAAAACAGAGUCCCAAAAAACAUUAAAAACUAGACUAAUCGAAGAUGGUUUGCUUCUGUUUCUUGGUCGAUCAGACGAGGAAGGUGAGGCGGAGCAAGCCGGCCGCCGGGUUAUGUUCGAGGUGUGGCGGCGGGGCCAGCGUGGCCGAUAUGAAGACCGCCACGAGGUUCUGCCACGUACCCUUCUAUUCCAAGUCUUGGAAAGCUGUCAUCUGCACUUUCUGUGGAGCCAUUCUUCGAUCUUACCAAUGAAAAAUGUGAUUUUGGUUUCUUUGAGUAAGCUCUGUUUUGUGUGGUAGUUCUGAUAUUUUUGUUUCUUCUAGUUGAAACUCUGAUGAUGAUGACUGAUCUAUGUAGUUUUGUUCAUUUUUUUCAAAAAAAAAUGAAGUAUAAAAGUUGGAGUUAGGGAUGAAGAUAUGUAAUAUUUGACUGGUAGGAAUACAUUGAGCUUUCUCU